AUGAAGUACACCUGGUUGUUAUUGAGUUCACUUAUCUGGAGGUUGGUCAGAGCGGGUAAAGACUGGACAAACUCCGGCUAUCCGGACAUUCGAGGACCCACUUAUGGGAUGUGUAAUGUGAAUAUCAGCUCUACGCAGAUCCUCUAUCUCUGUGAUCCUGAUAACAUUGUGCCACCUCCGGACCGUAAGUCUAUUUUAGUCACGUAUUAAAUUAUAUUUGAUUGGAGGUAUCAAAUUGAAUUCGAUGAUGGAGAAACUGGCUGUAGAGACACCGUGCCCCUGCCAACGACGUUCCCAAUGUUCUUCGGGUAGCAAUCGUAUUACCUCUUUUCACGGGUUUAUUGUGUCUAUAGCUCUUGUCAACAACCUUCAAAUGAAUUUCCACAGUCCAUCCGAACAGUAAGUUAAUUUAAAAGUAUUUCUAAAUCUUUUUCAGACAAUUGACUGACCGUGCCGGCUCUUUUUGUAAGACUUUGGAAGGGCGAUGGGCCUUAGGGGAUUGUGGGAAUUCCGUCUUAAUCUUUGUUUGGCAACAUUACAAAAAAGUAAGUAAAAAAAGCAGUGUGGAUUAACAAUUACAGUUAAUAAUUUGGCCUGCUCGUCUGGCCGAGAGAUAUGUCACUUUGGAGGAGCGAAAAAGGAUAAUAAGUAAUGUAAAUGACUUGAUUCAGACGGAUCGAUGGGCCGAGGCUCUCGAAACUGUAGUGUGUAAGUGAACUAUCACGAUUAUUAGAGUCAACAAUAUAAUUUUAGCUGACAUUGAAAAGGAGCUUAAAGGAGAGCCAGAGGAUCGGGUGGAUACCGGAACUCUUUCCUUGAUCAUCGCUGUGGGAGUAGCCAGUCUCUUGACAAUACUGAUUACUUGUAAGUUACCUGAAUCUAUAAGCUACCGUCUAGGCUGCGUUUGUGCAUUCCGAUGUUGUGGAAAUCUGACUCCAGAAGACGAUACAAAAUCUCUCAGUCACAAUGACAGUAGUUUCGCCUCUUCUCUGAACCAAGUAAGCUCUAUAAUAUCAGGGUAAUCGUAGUUUAGAAGCCAUUUGUCCGCAACAACUUUGUACGCCGUUCAGAAAGCCGAUCACCCAAAUUUCCGCUUCGAAGUGCAACUUUAUCGCUGGAGCCGGCGCCGCUCAAUUACAUCCUCGAAUCCGACACCACAGUGGUGUAA